AUGAUGGAUGAAACUGACAAUUCCAAUGGUCAGGUAUUUUUAGUAAAUGGUCAAACGGUUGUCAGUUCAUUAGAAGGAAAUGAAACAAUCGAAUUGCCAAAUACAAAUGAUGAAAAUGAUAAUAAUUCGGAUUCCGGGAUAAGCCCUAAUGAUAGUGAAGUUGAAGCACUAAUAUCUAAUGGAACUGUUGUACGCUCUCGGAAAACAAAAUUAUCAUCCGUAUUUGAUGAUGAUGCUGAAAAAUGGUAUAUUGUCGGCAGUCAAGUUUUUCUUCCAUUUAUGAUUGCUGGUUGUGGGAUGGUCGCUGCUGGGCUUGUUCUUGAACGUGUUAAGGAAUUGAGCGUAUUUAAAGAAAUAACUGAAAUUUACAUACUUGUGCCAGCUCUACUUGGUUUAAAAGGAAAUUUGGAAAUGACAUUAGCAUCACGUCUAUCUACACAAGCUAAUAUUGGAAAUAUGGAUAAAAAAUCUGAACUUAAAAGUAUGAUUGUUGGAAAUAUAGUUUUAACACAAUUACAAGCUAUUAUUGUUGGGUUUUUGGCUGCUCUUGUCUCACUUGCGAUGGGCUGGGUACCACAAGGAAAUUUUAAUAUACGACAUGCACUUGUUCUGUGUAGUAGUAGUGUUUCAACAGCAUCCAUUGCUUCGCUAGUAUUAGGUGGCAUCAUGAUUGGUGUGAUUAUCGGUUCACAUAAAUGUAAAAUUAAUCCAGAUAAUAUUGCGACACCAAUUGCAGCAUCACUAGGAGAUUUAACAACGCUUGCUGUUUUAGCUGGCAUUGGCGGUUUUUUAUUUAAAAUCAUUGAUAAUUAUACAUGGUUACCUAUCAUGAUAACAGUUAUAUUUUUAAUUUUAACGCCCGUAUGGAUUGUAAUUUCUUAUCGCAAUGCAUAUGUUAAAGAUGUACUUAUUCAUGGAUGGUCACCAGUUAUAGCUGCAAUGUUUAUUUCAAGUGUGGGUGGUCUAAUAUUGGAUUUUGCUGUUCAAACACUUCGCGGUGUUGCCGUAUUUCAACCUGUUAUGAAUGGUGUUGGUGGUAAUUUAGUAGCUGUUCACGCCAGUCGACUUUCCACUGCUCUUCAUCAACAUGGUAAACCGGGAGAAUUUAAAGAUACAUCACAUUAUUAUGCUGCAAAAAUCUGUCCCAAUCCAUAUAAAGUUUUUCUUUCCAACCAAAAUAAUGCAUCAACAACGCGUGUUUUAUUGCUGAUGGCAAUACCGGGUCAUUUAGUGUUUGUUUCUAUUAUUUGGCGAUCAGCAGCUGAUCAUCAUGCAUUUUCGUUUAUUUUUGUACUCCUUUAUCUUCUAGCAGCACUGAUUCAAGUUGCUAUACUUCUCUAUAUCGCUCAAUGGAUGGUAGCUUUUGCAUGGCGCCAUGAACGUGAUCCAGACAAUGUGUGUAUUCCAUAUUUGACAGCGAUCGGCGAUCUACUCGGCACUGCAUUACUUACCUGUGUCUUUCUUUUAUUGCCGUAA